AUGGAUCAAAAAAAUACGUUACUGUUAUUUACAAUAAUUUCUGCGUUUAUCCUUUUAAGUUGGAUAUGUCUUUUUAACAUUGAUCUCAGUGACUAUUAUAAAACUUCAGAAGGAAACUAUAAAAAUAAUAGAAAAUUAGAUAAAAAUUAUCGAUUACUAGCAAUAUCUAAAGAGGAUAAAUGUUCAGUUUUUGUAAGAUUAAAUGAAGAAGUACCAAAUUAUGCUGUAAGCGAAAAUAAAGAUGUAUAUUUUAAUGAGAAAGAACCCAAAAGAGAAAUAAAACAUUUAAAUAGAAAAUCAUUUGUGAAUGCAGGAGGAAAUAAACAAAAUAUGAGGAAUAGGAAAUGUAUAUUUGAAACGAAAAAAUAUUCUCGUAUGGAAAAAAAAAUAUUCAAGGAACUUGAUUAUAUGGAUUUUCUUAAAAACAACAAAACGAUUAGUGAUAAAACAUAUAAAAAAAUUAUAUGUAAAAAAUACCGAUUGAGAUUUGUUUUACCUUUAUUAUUAAUCAUCGUAUUACUGAUAUUAUACAUUUUAGAUUUAUUGGUGGGUUGUGGGCUUAGGAAGGUACUGUUUAAGGCAUUGAAAUUGUGUGGUCCAGCUAAUUGGUACAAUAAUUUAAGUGUGUUGUUAAGGGAUUCUCCUAUUAGUUGGUUGUUCAGGUCAAUAAAUAAAGUAGAUAAAGCAUUGGAAAAGAUAACAAGUACGAAGAGGGGGGGAGCACAGGUAAAGGAGAGAAUAGCAGGAUACGUUUAUGUAGAUAGUUUUUUUAACUAUCUAAUAUAUAUUAUACCUUUGCUUAUAUUAGGUGUCAUACUUAUAUUAGGCCUUCUUUAUUACCACAAGAAAGUUAAGAAAUAUCAAAAAAUUAAGUUUAAGAAAAGGUAA